AAAGAGAAGAUCAUUUAGAGAAGCAAACUUCAAAUUAAAUAAUUAAAUAAUUAAUUAAUUAGAGAUGGAUUUGACGAAAAAUCUGACGCUGCCGGAACUCCCGUACGGAUACGAGGCGCUGGAGCCGGCGAUAAGCGGGGAGAUCAUGCGGCUGCACCACCAGAAGCACCACCAGGCUUACGUCACCAAUUUCAACAAGGCCCUCCACCAGCUCUCCGCCGCCGUCGCUGAUGGUGACACUUCCGCUGUUGUCAUGUUGCAGAGCUCACUCAAGUUCAACGGCGGAGGGCACAUAAACCACUCGAUUUUCUGGAAGAAUCUGGCUCCUGUUUCUGAAGGAGGAGGGGUGCCCCCAAAGGGUCGUUUAGGCAGCGCCAUUGAUGAACAGUUUGGUUCUUUAGAAGCUUUGAUCCAAAAGAUGAACACACAUGGAGCUGCCUUACAGGGCUCUGGAUGGGUGUGGCUGGCAUUGGAUAAAGAAUCGAAGAGGAUUUCGGUUGAAACAACUGCGAAUCAGGAUCCAAUUGUGACGAAAGGGCCGACAUUAGUUGCGUUGCUCAGUAUAGACGUGUGGGAGCAUGCAUACUACUUGCAGUAUAAAAAUGUGAGACCAGACUAUCUGAAAAACAUAUGGAACGUCAUGAAUUGGAACUAUGCAAGUGCAGUUUAUGACAAAGAGUGUCCUAAUUGAGUUGCUGCCUCGAAAAUAAAAUAUUUCAGUAUUUUAUUUUUUAAUUGAAUAAAAAGAUUGUGGAUGAAAAGUUGGUUAUAUAUACUUUUCAUCAAUGAAAUAAAUGAGGAUGAUUUAUGUGUAUUGUGAUUGUUUGAGCUUCUUCUAUGGAUACAAUAUCACUUGUUGAUUAUUCUUGCAAAUUUUCUUAUUCAAUUGAAGUGAUUUUUGUCACAGUUA